AUGUACGGUAUCACUCGCUCCCUCCGUGCCACCCCCGCCUCGGCCCUCCGCGCCGCUACCCGCACCACCUCCCCCUUCGUUGGCUCGAAGCGCUACAACUCGAAGGUCUCGGGCCCCGUGAUCGGUAUCGACCUGGGUACCACCAACUCGUGUGUCUCCAUCUUCGAGGCCGGCCAGGCCAAGGUCAUUGAGAACUCGGAGGGUGCCCGUACCACCCCUUCGUUUGUUGCCUUCACCAAGGAUGGCGAGCGUCUUGUUGGCCAGCCCGCUAGGCGACAGGCCGUUGUCAACGCCGAGAACACCAUCUUUGCGUCGAAGCGUCUCAUCGGUCGCAAGUUCUCGGACGCCGAGGUCCAGAAGGACAUUGGCCAGGUCCCUUACAAGAUCAUUGCCCACACCAACGGUGACGCUUGGGUUGAGGCCCGUGGUGAGAAGUACUCGCCCUCGCAGAUCGGUUCGUUCGUCGUCUCCAAGAUGAAGGACACCGCCUCGCACUACCUCGGCAAGACCGUCAAGCAGGCCGUCAUCACCGUCCCCGCCUACUUCAACGACUCGCAGCGUCAGGCUACCAAGGACGCCGGUACCAUUGCUGGCCUUGACGUCCUCCGUGUCAUCAACGAGCCCACCGCUGCCGCCCUUGCCUACGGUCUUGACAAGAACGACUCGGCCGUCAUUGCCGUCUACGACCUUGGUGGUGGUACCUUCGAUGUCUCGAUCCUCGAGAUGCAGAAGGGUGUCUUCGAGGUCAAGUCGACCAACGGUGACACUCACCUUGGUGGUGAGGACUUCGACAUUGCCCUUGUCAACUACAUUCUUGCCGAGUUCAAGAAGACCGAGGGUAUGGACGUUUCGGGUGACCGCAUGGCCAUCCAGCGUAUCCGUGAGGCCGCCGAGCGCGCCAAGAUUGAGCUCUCGUCGACUGCCGCCACCGACAUCUCGCUCCCUUACAUCACCGCCACCGCCGAGGGCCCCAAGCACAUCAACCUCAACCUUACCCGUGCCAAGUUUGAGUCGAUUGUCGCUCCCCUCAUCAACCGCACCAUCGAGCCCUGCCAGAAGGCUCUCCGUGACGCCGGCAUCAAGCCCUCGGAGCUCAACGACGUCAUCCUUGUUGGUGGUAUGUCGCGUAUGCCCAAGGUCAUUGAGACCGUCAAGUCGCUCUUCGGCCGUGAGCCCUCGAAGGGUGUCAACCCCGACGAGGCCGUCGCCAUGGGUGCCGCUAUCCAGGCCGGUGUCCUUGCCGGUAACGUUACCGACAUUCUCCUCCUCGACGUCACCCCCCUCUCGCUCGGUAUUGAGACCCUCGGCGGUGUCUUCACCCGUCUGAUCAACCGUAACACCACCAUCCCCACCAAGAAGUCGCAGACCUUCUCGACCGCCGCCGACGGCCAGACCGCCAUCGAGGUCAAGAUCUACCAGGGUGAGCGUGAGCUCGUUCGCGACAACAAGCUCCUCGGCAACUUCCAGCUCUCGGGCUUCCCCCCCGCGCCCAAGGGUGUCCCCCAGAUCCAGAUCACCUUCGACAUUGACGCCGACGGAAUCGUCAACGUCUCGGCUGUCGACAAGGCCACCAACCGCGAGCAGUCGAUGACCAUUGCCUCGUCGUCGGGUCUUUCGGACAACGAGAUCGAGAACAUGGUUGCCGACGCUGAGCGUUACGCCGAGGAGGACAAGGCCCGCCGUGCCGUCAUUGAGGAGGCCAACAAGGGCGAGUCGUUCGUCACCGACACUGAGAAGUCGAUGGGCGAGUUUGAGGCUCAGCUCGACGCUGCCGAGCGUGAGAAGGUCAAGAAGCUCCUCGGCGAGCUCCGCGAGAUCUCCGCCAAGGGUGCCGCCGGUGACGCCACCGUCAAGGCCGAGGACAUCAAGGCCGCCAUCGACGCCGCUCAGCAGGCUUCGCUCGGCCUCUUCCAGAAGGUCUACGAGCAGCGCUCCAAGGACCAGAACGCCGAGCAGACCUCCGAGCCCAAGUCGGAGGAGAAGAAGGACUAA